AUGUGCAGUGAGUUUUACGUGAUAAUUACAUCUAUAUGGUACUUUUUUGCAGUCCCACCAGAGAAUGUGCAGUUCGAGACAUCUGCCGCUAACAAUAAAGUAUGUAAAGGUGAAACUAUCAGCAUUAACUGCUCAGCUGGUGCUGUUCCAUCUGUCACAUCUUAUGAGCUGUUGGAGAAUGGCUCUGUGGUAUCAGACGCAUCAGGAAUGUGGAGCAGGAAUUUAUCAAGUGGAGGAGUGUUCAUCUACAAAUGUGUGGCCAACAACUCUUUAGGAUCAAUAGAAAGUGAAAGUGUUACUAUAAUUGUUAACGUGCCUUCUACGAUACCUCCAAUACAAGAUGAGACAAAAACAGAAGGCGACAACGUGACUCUGUCGUGUUAUGCAUCUGGGAUGCCUUCACCAAUGGUGUCCUGGAUCAAGGUUGGCAGUCAUACGCUUACAAACCGAAAUGAACUGGUGUUAGCAAACAUUAACAGAAAUGAAUCUGGAGAAUACAGGUGUGAAGCCAGUAAUGAGUGUGGCAAUGCAUCAGAGACAGCAAGUAUUUUUGUACAGUAUAUGCCAAACAUUACAUCCAUUUCAGAUAAUCAGACACUGAAUAAAGGUGACAGUGUGAGUCUAAACUGCACAGCAGAUGGUUAUCCAACACCAACCAUUACCUGGACAAGAGUAACUGACAACAGCCCUGUGUCAUUCCCUUUGACAAUCACCGGUAAACAGAACGAGGGGCUGUACAGAUGUAUUGCAGACAAUGGUAUUGGAAACCCCGUAACUGAAGAGGUCACUAUCAUUGUGCACCUGGAUUGA